AUGUUUCCAGCGUUCACGUUGUCGCUACCGCUUGACGAGCUGUCGCUGGUCAAGCUCGCCAUCUCCAAUGCUCUAGCUCGGGGUUACUCCCUUUGCCACCAGGUGCCCUCCCUCGCACUUGCACUUGCGCGUCUGGUCCUCGUGAAAGAGGGAAAGAAACUCCUGUCAGCGCAAGGGGAAAAGACGUUGUCGCCAUCUGGUAACUCGUCUUUAUUACCCCCAGUGGUGGUCAAGAGUGUCCGCCAUUGGCUCUCAGUCUCUGCCACUGGAACUGGUCUCGAUCCCCAGUCGGGCGGUUGUCUUGUCCGCGUCGUCUGCGAGCAAGUGGAAGCUGUCCGAUGGAUGGACACAGCCAACAUCGACCCGUUCCUUCUUGACUUUGUCGAUGUGUCUGCCCCGCCACCCCUCCUCUGGCCGUCUGUUUCGCCUCUCUGGUCUCGUACAGCUGCUCCUUCUGUCCCGUCGCCACCGUCUUCCCCCCAUCCGACCAAGGUCGGCACUCCCAUGGCACAACUACGGCGUCUACGUCUCCCCUCCCUCCGUACCAAACUCCCCAUCACCUCACUCCGUACGACCGACUUUGCUCUCCCACCGCCAGACGAGUCUGAAUAUCUCUUCUUUGCCCUUGGCCUUCCUCUUCCCGUGAUCGACCAUGCGGAGUCUUUAUUCUGGGCUUGCGGUACCCCUCUCCCAGUCACCACCGCCGACGAGUCCGAGUCACUCGAAGUCACCAUUCUAAGCUGCCACCCAACUCUCGAGAACGACGCCGUCCUCGCCCUAGUUCUCGCAUCUCGUCGUGAAUUGGCCGACCCUUGGUCUGUCGGCGGCAAUUGCCAGCCUCUCUCCUUCGGCAGGAAGAAUGAACGCAAGUCUUCCCUUUGGGCCGACUCUACCAACGUUUUGCCCUCUGUGCGCCUGCCAAGCGCUUUUGACACCUGGACGGUAACUGGUCGCCCUCCCCACAUUCUCCGCCGCGAGGAACGUCAAGAUGAAUGUGCCAUCGCCUCUGAGGCACGUUUCGACGCCUGGGCUUUCAACGAGCCGAGGUUCACUCGUAAUGGUGACGGUCGUCGUUGGGCCCUUCCUCCUGCUUCUCCUCUUGGCGAGUGGAACGAGACCGUCGCUUCCGUUCUCCAGAACCUCCGCCUACCCCAAGCCAGCCGCCCUCUCUCCCUCCGUCGCAUUACGGUUGCUCUUCGAGGGCCCUCGCGCACCUCCCUCGAUGCUGCUCGCUCCCUUGGUCUUGGCUCUGCUCAUGUCAGGCUCCUCGACGACGAGAGCCUUCCCCUUGCAGGAGACAUGGAGACCACUCGUACUGCCACUUCUCAGUUCCUUUCGUUUGAAGACGCCUUUCAGCCUGAGGACUCGCUCCAGUACGUCAACAACAUCAUUGCGUCCCCUUCCACGACCGCCCCUCCCUCCUUCAACGAGAUCAUGGAGUACCAGGCCAAGACCAAGCGUGCAUCUAACCUCCUCGGUUUGUGUGUUUCGCCACUUGAGGCCGUGCCGCGAGCGCCCUGCACCACCUUAACGUCCGUCCACACCCCUCCGCCCACACCCAAGGCCAUUGUAACCGACUUUUCAGUAUCAGUCGAGCCUGAUCUGGAGUCCAGUGGGCAGACGGAUCCUGCCGUUGCCCACUCUCGCCGCCAGCGCCUGUCCGCCCGUCUUCAAGCGCUUAUGUCUAGCCCCAGUAUUAUCUGGGAGGCGCCUCGUUCUCUUCUCCUCUCGCGCCAGAGGGCUUCGUUCGUUGCCCCCUCUCCUGGAGUCCGUUGCGAGGUCCACAGCGCCUACACCACCCCAGUCGCUGUUGAGGCUCGGCCAGUCAUACGCACGGCCCACAUCAAGCGCUACCAGUUCGGUCCCAGUAAAACAACCCCGUCUCGCGCUCCCGUCGCGGCAGAACAGGAUGUCAACUGGCCCGCAACCCCCACCAAGCCCCACCAAGCGCAGAACGUCACUCAUCCAUCCCCUACCAAUAAUCACCGUGACGAGUGGCUGCCUCCUAGUCCCCUCCGCCGUGUUGAUCGCGUCCUCCGCCACCCUCUCGGUCGUACAGCCUCCCGCCAACUUCGCGACGCUCUCAAGCUACUGGCAGCAGCACCCAUUGCUGAGGUGUCCACCCCCACUCCCAAAGUCCAGAGCGAGACUCCCACUCGUAACACCACCCUCCCUCCGACCCCGCCUCCGACUCCUCCCUCCACUAAGGUCCAGAUCAAGGACGAGACGGCGGCAGCAUUCACUGCCCCCGUAUCAGAGGCAGGGCACCUUGUGCCAUCCACGAGCCCUCUCCGCCAUCUUAAGGGCUUCCGCAAGAACUCCCCACACACGGACUGA